GCAUCUGAGGUUACUUACUAUCUUAAUCUUGUAAGGGAGCCGUGAACACGGCAGUCAAGGUUCUACUGUCCACGUAUCAAAAGAAAUUAUGAAUUUGGUAGCUCUGAUUAUUUUGUGCUUUUUUUCGUUCGUUCAAAAUGAGUACGUUCGUCCUUCCUUUCAAGUUUUAAUACGCAGAAGGAAUAGCUUAGGAGUCUUGGAGGAUGGUCACUGCUAUGGGAAUAUUAUUCAAAGUCGACUUGUUUUAACGGCGGCAUCGUGUCUAUUAAGUGCUACUGAAACCUCAAAUCAAAGAAAACUAUUAAAAUCUGAGGAGAUAGCUAUAUCCUUUAAGGACGAAGACUUAAAUGAGUUAAUUUACUUUGCUGGUGGCUUUGCCAUCUAUCCUGAAUUUAAUGUGAAAUCUUUGAAUAAUGAUAUCGCAAUACUAAAUCUAAGUAAACAACUUCCCCUGUCUGAACGAAGCGAUAUUCAAUGGAUUCUAGUGGCUGACUACGAUCUUAAGGAUUCACCUUUGGAGGACGGCGUAGAAUCUUAUGCAUGGAAAGAUUCUGACGGAGAAAAUGUAUAUCCGGGUUAUGGCGUCAUUCAUGAAAGUAAUUUAGUUGGAAUCAUUUCUUACGGGCUUUCAUCGAAAAAUAACAACGAAUCUGUCGUUGAAAAUGGGAUUCCAAAUAGAUUUACGCCAUUAAACCCAUAUUUAAGUUGGAUAUAUGCAAUUUUACAGAAUGCAGAGAUUGCCGACAUGAAUAACAAUAACUACAGUGCAUCUUUACCUUAUCACCAACGAAAAAGCGCAGAUAUAGUUAAUGAAUUCAGUGAAUCGAAUGCAGAGCCAAAUGCCAUUGAGGAAUUCAUUGAUCCUAAUGCAGAGUAUUUUCCAGAGGCAGAAGAUCCCAUUAUAGCUGAAAUCGAAACUGAUGCAGAAGAUUUGACUAGUAAUGCAGAAACCUAUACUGAAAACCUUGAAACUGAGACAACCGCAGCGGACCAAUUUAACGAAAACAUCGAAAGUGAGAAAGGAUAUUAUAUAAACGCAGCCAAUAUGUGUAAGGCCAAUGGAAUUUUUACAUGGAUAGUAUUAUUAAACUUCAUUUAUAUCAAAUACCACUUGUCAAAUUACUUAUAUAUAUAAAUUACAUUUUAAGUUGUUUUGUGAAUUUUAAAAUGAUCAACAUUAAGCUCUAAUUUGUGUGUCCUUAUUGAAAAUAUUCUGCUUAUAUAUAUCACUUGUA